UGAAACACACAACCUGAAGUUGAAUUCAGUGAUUUCUAUACAAAGGAAAAGGUUACUAUGGCAAACAAUAAAACUCUAGCCUCCAAUCUAUCUGCUCCACAAUCCUCAUCUGUGAUACAACCUUCAAGGAUUGCUGAUCAACGAGGCAUGUACUUGGCAUCUGAUGAAAGAAAGUUAGGGCUACUACCACCAAUGGGUACUGGUCGUGGAAAGUUGGCUUUGCCAUAUGAAGAGGCAAGCAGUUUUCCUUUACCAUAUGAUCAGGUAGGCAGGAUGCCUUCAGCACCUAGAGGUGCUGAACAAGGUCUGACGCUUUUGCCUUCAAGAGGUACUGAAUUGGGAAUGCGAUUUCCAUCUGAUCAUCAUGAUGCCAUGUCUCUAGAGUCAAGGGGUACUGAACGAGGAGGCAUCUUUCUUACAUCUGAUGAUCAUGCCUUGGCCAGGCAGGUUCAGCAACUUCACAAUCCUGAUGCCCGUAAUGUUAAUGUUAGGCCACUUUUCCGUCUUGUUCAGGAUAUUAUUGAUCGUGCCACUCUUGAAGGGGAUUCACAGGGCUCACACUCAGGGAAAGAGGCUUCCAUGGAAGGGAAAUCUAUUAAUAGUCUUCAGGAAGUCCCUGAAUUGCCACUUAUUGUUGAACGAGUAUCCUGUGAGAUGACCUGCAAGGUUCUGAGUGGUGUUGAUGCACACAAUACCACCCUGGCAGUUCUGAGUAUGUUGCAACACUUCUCUUGGGAAGCCAAGGUGGUGCUAACACUAGCAGCAUUUGCAUUGACCUAUGGAGACUUUUGGCUUCUUAUUCAAAUUUACUCCACAAAUGCACUUGGAAAAGCCAUGGCGCUUAUCAAGAGAUUACCAAUGGUUGUGGAGAGCACAGGAGGGUUUAAGCAACAGUUUGAAGCAACCAAUAACCUAAUCAAAGCCAUGCUUGAAACAACAAGGUGUAUUGUGGAGUUUGGAGAACUGCCCACGUUAUAUAUCACAGCUGAGGAUCCAGAAGUCAAGGCUGCAUUGACUCAUUUUCCAAUUGCUGUCUAUUGGAUUGUCAGAAGUGCUGUUGCUGCUGCAACCCACAUUACAACUAUGUCUAGCAGGGGACUCGAAUUCGGAACUGCUACUUCCCAGUCAUGGGAGCUCUCCAACUGGGCUCACAAGCUUAAAAAUAUUAGUGAUCAUCUCAGGGACACGCUUUCUAAAUUGCACCAGCUCAUAGGGGAGAAGAGAGAUGUUGAUGCUUAUAAUAUGAUACAAAAAAUAAUCUACCACACAAUUCAUGUUGACAACAUGAAAGUCCUGAAUAUCCUCAUCCAUGCCAACGAUGAGAAUGUACCUUCAUUGUAUGAUGGUCCGACAAAGAGAAGGGUCCAUCUUGAUGUGUUGAGGAGAAAGAAUGUGUUACUGCUAAUAUCAGGUCUGGAUAUCACUCAAGAAGAGCUGAUUAUUCUUGAGCAAAGCUAUACUGAAUCAAAGGCACACGCGUAUGAUAUUGUAUGGAUACCAAUCAUGGAUCAUUCAGUCCCAUGGACAGAUGCCAUGCAAAUAAAGCUUGAGACUUUGCAGGGUUCAAUGCCAUGGUACUCUGUCCACCAUCCUACAAUGAUGAGCAACGCAGUGAUCAAGUUCAUUAAAGAUGAUUGGCACUUCAGGGGUAGACCUAUCCUUGUGGUGUUGGAUCCUCUUGGGAAAGUUGUUUGCCCUAAUGCUAUCCACAUGAUGUGGAUCUGGCAAAACAACGCUUUCCCCUUCACAAGUAUAAAGGAGGAGAGCCUUUGGGGCCAAGAGAGUUGGAGGCUUGAGCUGCUUGUUAAUGGCAUUGAUCCUAAAAUAUUAGAUUGGAUUCAAGCUGGAAAGUACAUAUUCGUGUAUGGAGGUGAUGACUUGGAAUGGAUCAGGAAGUUUACAAGGGAGGCACAUGCAGUUGCACGAGCUCUGCAAGUUUCAAUGGAAAUGGUGUAUGUGGGGAGAAGCCACAAUAAAGAACUGGUGCGAAAGGUGAGUGAAUCUAUAAUGAUUGAGCAGCUGAGCCAUUGCUGGCAAGACCCAAGCAUGGUAUGGUAUUUCUGGACAAGAAUAGAGAGCAUGAUAUUUUCAAAGAUACAGCUUGGAAGAGUCCAUGAUCAUGGUGAUGUGAUACUACAAGAGAUACAAAGGUUGCACAGCCAUGAUAAGUCACAUGGAGGGUGGGCUAUACUUGCAAAAGGGUCAACAAUCAUAGUACAUGGACAGGGUAAAAUAGCCUUGAUUACCCUUCAAGAGCUUGAGCUUUGGAAAGAGAAAGCAUCUAAAGAGGGGUUUGAAGUGGGAUAUGGAGAUCAUUAUCAUGAUCUCCAUAGAAAGGAAUUUCCGUGCCAUCGGAUUGAAUUCCCAGCUACUAUCAAGGUUCCUAACAGUAUGCUUUGCCCUGAUUGUCGUCGCCACAUGCAAAACUUCAACUCUUUCAUCUGCUGCCAUGAAGAUGCUGGCAUUAUUGGAUCAGAGUUUGCUCCAGCUCUUCACUAUGAAGCUUGAAUAUCAUUUUAUAUUAUUAUAUAUACUAUUAUGUGUGCUUUUUGCGUUCAAUAAUCAUGAUUUUAACUCAUCCAAAUAGUGGUUCAAAAAGAUUAUACUUAACUUCUUAUAAUACAAGUGUUUUGUUUUAUUAUAUUUAUCAUAUUAUGUUUUACUUGUGUGA